ACCACCACCCCCAUAAUAUAUAAACAUUUCAAAACCUUCCCCUCUCUUUCUCUCUCUCUAAAAAACCUAAAAUUAAAUCUAAAUCCGCCGCCGGCAGGUAUGUCGGAGCCUUGAAAAAACUCUCAGGCGACACGAUCGGAGCUCCGAUCUGCAAAAUCCGGAGAAAAUAAAAAAUGCCUUUACAAUCGGAUCUGGACCGUCAGAUCGAGCAUCUGAUGGAAUGUAAACCGUUGCCGGAAUCGGAAGUACGGACGUUAUGUGAUCAAGCUAGAGCUAUAUUAGUUGAAGAAUGGAAUGUUCAGCCGGUGAAAUGUCCGGUGACUGUUUGUGGAGAUAUACAUGGACAGUUUCAUGAUUUGCUUGAGCUUUUUCGGAUUGGUGGCAGCUCUCCUGAUACUAAUUACUUGUUUAUGGGUGAUUAUGUUGAUCGAGGAUAUUACUCGGUGGAGACUGUUUCGCUUCUUGUUGCAUUGAAAGUUCGUUAUAGAGAUAGGAUUACGAUUCUUAGAGGAAACCAUGAGAGCCGCCAAAUUACUCAAGUGUAUGGGUUUUAUGAUGAGUGUUUAAGGAAGUAUGGAAACGCCAAUGUAUGGAAACACUUUACUGACCUUUUUGAUUAUCUACCUCUCACUGCCCUUAUCGAGAGCCAGGUUUUCUGUCUGCAUGGUGGUUUGUCUCCUUCUUUGGAUACACUAGAUAACAUACGUGCUUUGGAUCGGAUACAAGAGGUUCCUCAUGAGGGGCCAAUGUGUGACCUCCUGUGGUCUGAUCCUGAUGACCGGUGCGGUUGGGGAAUAUCUCCUCGUGGAGCUGGGUAUACCUUUGGUCAGGAUAUAGCUGCACAAUUUAACCAUACAAAUGGGCUGAGUCUUAUUUCCAGGGCUCACCAGCUUGUCAUGGAAGGUUACAAUUGGUCCCAGGAAAACAAUGUAGUAACAGUAUUCAGUGCACCAAACUAUUGCUAUAGAUGUGGAAAUAUGGCUGCGAUACUUGAGAUUGGAGAAAAAAUGGACCAAAAUUUCUUACAGUUUGAUCCAGCCCCUCGCCAGGUUGAGCCUGAUGCUGCGCGGAGAACUCCUGAUUACUUCUUGUAAACAAAUGUAUUUGAAAAUAUGGCCUUCACAUCUUUUUGUGUUGUAUUAGUUUCCCCUUUUGGUAGUGAGUCCUUUAAUUCUUGCGAUGUGAAGACAAAAUGAAUGAUUGUCUGUUCCUUGUUGAGAUUUCUUGUACAACUCUUUGGCCUCAGUUCAUGUACUCUUCAAAAA